CAUCCGAAAACGCACAUUUCCUAAUCAGCAGCCGUCUUAGCGAGUACUGGCCCCCCGUCCAGCAGCGCUAAACAUGAAGGCUUUCUUUGCUCUGUCCUGCCUGGUGGCCGUGGCGUACGCCCGCCCCGGCGUGCUGCUCAACGCCCCCCUGGCCUGGAACGGCGUCUCCAGUUACGCCGCCGGCACCCCGCUGUCCUCCCAGUACCACGCGCAGGACGAGCUGGGCCAGUACAGCUACGGCUACGCUGGCGGCCCGUCCUCCAAGGCCGAGACCAGGACCGCCGACGGCGUCACCCGUGGCUCCUUCUCCUACGUCGACUCCCACGGCCUGCUCCAGUCCCGCAGCUACGUGUCUGACCCCGUGAACGGCUUCCGCGUCGCCGCCUCUGACCUGCCCGUCGGCCCCGCUCCCGUGGCCGCCGCUGCCCCCGUCGCCGUCGCCAGCCCCGUCCUGGCUGCCGCCCCCGUCCACGUCGCCGCCGUCCCCAACCCCGUCGCUGACACCGUCGAGGUUGCCGCCGCCAAGGCCCAGCACUACGCCGCCCACGUCGAGGCCCGCGCCCGCAACGGCGACGGCAUCGUGCUCGCCGCCGCCCCCGUCGCCCCCGUCGCCGCCCCCGUGGCUGUGGCCACCCCUGCCCUGGCUGCCGCCCCCGUCGGCGUCGCUGGCCUGCAGUCCCAGUACCACGCACAGGACGAGCUUGGCCAGUACAGCUACGGAUACGCCGGUGGCCUGUCCGCCAAGGACGAGCACAAGACCGCUGACGGCAUCACCCGCGGCUCCUUCUCCUACGUCGACGCCCACGGCCUCCUCCAGUCCCGCAGCUACGUGUCCGACCCCGUGAACGGCUUCCGCGUCGCCGCCUCCGACCUGCCCGUCGGCCCCGCCCCCGUGGCCGCCGCUGCCCUCCUCGUGCUCAAGGAAAGCACACAAGUAAAGGAAAGUCUUUCAUGUCUACAAAGUAGCGUUGAGGAUAAGAGAACAAGCUUUCGGUAUUACAUGUACGAAGGAGAACUGAAACCAGACAAACAGUAG